AUUUUGAUAAAUUACGACGGUGUUACGGGUGCAGUUUGACGGUAGGUGAACGCGGCGUUCGCAUAGCUUUUACCGCAGAGCUCUCUGAUCAAUUUUCAAGAGCGUUCGUUAAAAUCAUAGUUACGCGAUAUGAUCCGACGAACGUAGUGAAAGGGUUGACCGACACGGGGGCGACAGGUGUUUGCGAUAAUAUGUUGGUAUCGCGCGAAAAUCACCCAGUCGCAGUAUUCGGCCAGGCGGUAAACGAAGCUAAUCGCAAACAAGAUCUAUAGCAGAGUGUAAUUUUCUGUGCCUGCCGGUAUUGCGAGAUCGACAUAAAUCACAGAACUAUAAUAUUAGGAAAGGAGGCGAUGGCGUUGACGAUAGCCAUGCCGCUCUCCGGUUUGGAGCCGGAGCAUUUUUACGCGCUGGGAGCGAGAUUCCUCUACGAUCAGGGCGUUAAAUCGUUGUCGGGGGUGGGAAAUUCCCUGAGUGUUUCACCCGGCCCGAUAUCGCCGAGCAGCGGAAGCGAAACCAGCGGCAUAAGCAGUUUAGCAACUUCCGGUGACACGCCUACCCCAACAGCCACACCAGCGGAAUCCAGACCCGUCAGUCCGGAGGAUCUCAAGCAUUACUUAAACUUUGUGCGUCCCCUCCAGUCCCUUGUAGUGGGGACACCGUCAGCGCCUAAAAUUGUUCACGGAAGUCGAGAUUUGCUGGAUCUAGCGGCAAACAUUCGAGGUCCCGGGUGGCCCAUAUUACACCCGGGUCUCCCACGGGAUAACCCCUCGGCUUUCAUGGCGAAUCGUUCCUUGUACUAUCGUCUCGGGGAACACGGACUUUCGGAAGAUUAUCCAACGAGAUGCUGCGGCGAUUGCAACUUCUGCGAACCAUCGCCUAUGCUUUCCUUUUAACAACGGGACUUUCGAAAAAACUCGGAGGAAAAAUUGAAAUAUAGAAAAAAAAAAAAAAAAGAAACUACGUCUGGGAUACCUGUGAUAAAUAAAUGAAAUAACGCGGCGGCCGGCGAGAAAUGAUAAUCUUCGAUACACGCUACGCGAAGUAAGAUAUUAUUUUAUAUGACAAAAAAAAAAUAGAAAGAAAGUAGAAAGAAAAAUAAUUAGAUAAAUUAAAAAAAUGUUCAAACGAAACAUAUUAUGAAGAAAUAUGCAGACGUGUGUGCAAGAAAUAAAUAGAAUAGAAUAAAAUCAAAAAAAGUACGGGAACCUCGCGGUUCGUUGAAGAGCAGCAAACAAACGAAAAAACGAAAGAUUGACCGAUCGAGUAAACAUAUACAUGAAAGCGGUCCAUUGGAUAAUCUUGUACCCACGGUAUACCGUGCGUGUUUAUUAUACAUGUAACUAUUAGACGUAGCGCAAUUUCGACUGAAACAAAAAGAAAAUGGAGGAAAGAAAGAAGAGAAACGAACGAACAAUCGAGAGGAUUUUCUGUUUUGACCAAUCAGUUCCUACAUACGUAUACGAGCCGGUUACGGGCUGCAAUUUAUGUGUCUCAAUGAAAUUCGUAAUUUUUAACUUUAUGAGAGAGGAAAGAAAAAGAAAACCAAAAUCAAUUGAGGGUACGAUGAAGUGAUUACGUAAUUAUAUUUCACUUGAUAGAUAAUAAUCUCUGGUAUUUUUGUGUAAUCUCUUACGCAUGAUUGGUACGGACCAUCGGCACUUGGAAUUUUCGAAACGAACGAUGAAUUUCUAAACUUGUACGAUUUCAAAAUCGUUUGUUAUCUCAUUUUGUGAAGUGUAGUUUGUUCAUCCGUGCCUGUUUUGCGGGUUAUAAAUUCUCAAAAUAAUCAUAAAAAAAAAAUUAAACUGUAGCUUUUUAUUUCUAUCGAUAUAAAUAUACACAUAAGUUUAUAUUGAAAUAACGUGCAAUGAGGAUAAAAGAAAAGUAAAAUAUUCAAAAUGAUAAUCCAAUCGUACGAGUUAUCGCUGAAGAGUUUUAAAAUAUCUUUGCAGAUUUGUAAUGUUAUGGAUGUAUAACGGGAUAGAAAGAACAUAGAAGAAAUGACCGAAACCAAAAAUGAAAACUCUGCGCAAAUCAGCGUAUAGCUCGAUCGUAUAAUUAACUAUUAUAAUUUUUGUUUGUAUAAUGAGUAUAUAACUAUUCGAAUGUUAUGUUACAUUAUCAAUCGCCAGUAUAUAUUUAUAGUAGGAUGCGAUUUUUUUUUGUUUUGUUUUUUUUUUUUUGUUCGAUCAAAAAUUUACAAGGUACAAUACGUAUAAAUUGUUUACACCGUACAGCGAAAGCAAAGAAACACAAAGGAAAAGAAAACAAAAAACAUAACUUAUAUUAUACGCAUAUUACAUACAAUAACAAUAUACAGAUUUCGUGUGAAUAUUCGAAAAAUAUUCGCUGCAUAAAAAAUUGAGAGUAAAAUGAAAAAAGAAAAAGAAAAAUCUUGCACGAUUCAUCAUAUACAGUACAAAGCACGCGAGCUAGUAAAUAGUAUAGUAUUAUAGUUGGAGAAAACGUACGUUACAUAACAAUAUUAUAUUAAAUGGAUACAUAUAAGAGAAGAAUAAUGAGGGGAAAAAAAAGAAGAGAAACCUCGAUAAUUUUGUUGUUUGAAUAUUCAACUGGAAUUUACUAUACCUGUCAUCACUGUAUAACGUAUAUUAUACCAAAAAGAGACCAAACUAUUUUACAAAUGCUCAAUUCCAACGAACAACGUUGACCAUUGUUUAUACUCAGACUGUAAUAUAAACAAUUUUAUAUGAAAUAAAAGACACGCCAAAAAUUAGAGAAAGAUUUGCAAACGAA